CCCUGCUGUAGUGACUUCCGCGUUGAAGUUUUAAGCAGCAUAUUUUUUUAUUGCGGUUGGCUGGAUUCAUAUUAGUAGAGGAUGGAUACCACUUCAACUGCUGAAAUUCGUCAUCCCUUCUGGCCACGGGACCUUUUGAUUCCCAAUUAUGUCGCCAAUGACCGGUCGAUGUCAGAGAUUCUGGUGUUCCUGUUUUCCGUUUCUGGGGUGUUUCUGGCUGUGACCUGGCUGAUCACGGGCUGGAAAAAGACCACAGGCAGGCUGGGGACAUGGAGGCGUCUGGCUGUGUGCUGGUUUGCCGUUUGUGGGUUCAUCCAUGGUGUCAUUGAAGCCUGGUUUUCACUGUAUUAUGAUAUAAUUCCAGAAGACCAGAGCUUCCUGUCACAGCUCUGGAAAGAGUAUUCUAAAGGAGACAGUCGAUAUAUGAUAGCAGAUAACUUCACUGUCUGUAUGGAGACUGUGACUGCAUGGCUAUGGGGACCUUUCAGCUUCUGGGCUGUGUUUGCCUUUUUAACCAACAAGCCUUACAGAUUUGUUCUGCAACUCAUCAUUUCAUUGGGUCAGCUUUACGGAGCUGUGCUUUACUUCUUCACGGAGCACAGAGAUGGCUAUACUCACAGUGAGUUGGGGCACCCAGUUUACUUCUGGUUCUACUUCGUGUUCAUGAAUGCGCUGUGGAUCGUCAUACCGCUGCUGCUCAUUGUGGAUGCAUGGAGACAGAUGUCAGCAGCCCAGGCACGCACUGACAACACAAAGUCAGUCAAGUCUAAAAGGAGCUAACCAGGGGUGGACUCGAGCUUUCUGAGGGGUGGGAGAGAAGAACAUUAACUUUUUCAUCAAUAAAUUUUUAAUGUGUUCACACUA